UCUUUCCAGCCCGGCUUCUCCAUCUAGGACAAGAGAAAGCGGAAUCUAUCAACUUUCCCUUAAAACCGUGGAUUAAACUUCUGAAAACUUCUUCCCUUUCUCCUCCAAAAGUUCAUCUUAUCAUCCAGGUUCAGCAGCUUGAGAAAGUUUGAAGAUGCUCACUCUUCCUCCAACACUGAUAACUUUGCUGAUGUUGUUGGAUAUCCCAAGUGCUGUGAAAGCUCAAGUCAAUUCAGUUGUCUGCCGCUACCCACUCGGCAUGUCAGGUGGGCACAUUCCAGAUGAGGACAUUUCUGCUUCCAGCCAGUGGUCCGAAUCUACAGCAGCCAAGUAUGGAAGGUUAGGUUUAGAAGAUGGAGAUGGUGCAUGGUGCCCUGAGAUUCCUGUGGAACCAGAUGACCUUAAAGAAUUCCUGGAGAUUGAUUUACAUGCCCUGCACUUUAUCACCCUGGUAGGGACUCAAGGCCGCCAUGCAGGAGGCCAUGGCAAUGAAUUUGCUCCAAUGUACAAAAUCAAUUACAGCCGAGAUGGCACCCGCUGGAUCACUUGGCGGAACAGGCAUGGAAAACAGGUGCUUGAUGGAAACACCAAUCCAUAUGAUAUUGUCGUCAAGGACUUGGCACCACCCAUCAUUGGUAGAUUCAUUCGCUUUAUCCCUGUGACAGACCACUCUAUGAAUGUCUGCCUUAGAGUGGAGCUCUAUGGUUGUGUCUGGCUGGAUGGGCUGGUUUCAUACAGUGCUCCAGCAGGCCAGCAGUUGGUUCUUCCUGGUGGCACCGUGAUUUACCUGAAUGAUUCUGUUUAUGAUGGCUACAGCAUGACGGAAGGGCUGGGCCAGCUGACAGAUGGGGUUUCAGGCCUGGAUGAUUUCAGCCAGACCCACGAAUAUCACGUAUGGCCAGGUUAUGACUAUGUUGGCUGGCGCAAUGAGAGCAUGGCAAAUGGCUACGUGGAAAUCACCUUUGAAUUUGACCGGAUCAGAAAUUUCACGGCCAUGAAGGUUCAUUGCAACAACAUGUUUGCCAAGGGAGUGAAGAUUUUCAAGGAGGUGCAAUGCCAGUUCCGCUCUGAUGCAAAUGAAUGGGAGCCUAAUGGCAUUUCCUCGAUCCUGGUGCUAGAUGACGUGAACCCUAGUGCCCGCUUUGUCACAGUGCCCCUACUCCAUCGUAUGGCAAAUGCCAUCAAAUGCCAGUUCUACUUUGCUGAUACCUGGAUGAUGUUCAGUGAGAUCACCUUCCAGUCAGAUGCAGCAAUGUACAACAAUUCUGGAGCUCCUCCUGUGUCUUCAGUGACCCCGACUACUUACGAUCCAACCCUUAAAGUGGAUGACAGUAACACUCGCAUCUUGAUUGGCUGCCUAGUGGCCAUCAUCUUCAUCCUGGUGGCUAUCAUUGUAAUAAUCCUGUGGAGACAAUUUUGGCAGAAGAUGUUGGAAAAGGCCUCUCGCCGGAUGCUGGAUGAUGAACUGACUGUCAGCCUUUCUCUGCCCAGUGAGUCCAGUAUGUUCAAUCACAACCACUCCACUUCAUCCAGUGAACGAGAAUCCAACUCCACUUAUGACCGCAUUUUUCCCCUGGGUCCAGAUUACCAGGAGCCAUCUCGACUGAUCCGCAAACUGCCUGAAUUCACUGCAGGGGAGGACGAGGCAGGCUGCAAUGGCGCCACCAAGCCAGCCCAGCCAAGUGGAGCUGAAGGGGUCCCCCAUUAUGCAGAGGCAGACAUUGUGAACCUGCAGGGGGUGACAGGCAGCAACACCUAUUCUGUCCCUGCAGUUACCAUGGACUUGCUAUCUGGCAAAGAUGUAGCUGUUGCAGAAUUUCCUAGGAAGCUGCUGACUUUCAAGGAGAAGCUGGGAGAAGGCCAAUUUGGAGAGGUCCAUCUGUGUGAAGUGGAGGGGAUGGAGAAAUUUGUGGACAAGGAUUUUGUUCUGGAUGUCAACACUGGUCAGCCUGUCCUAGUGGCUGUGAAAAUGCUGCGAGCCGAUGCCAACAAGAAUGCCAGGAAUGACUUCCUCAAGGAGAUUAAGAUCAUGUCCAGGUUGAAGGACCCCAAUAUCAUCCGGCUAUUGGCUGUCUGCAUCACGGAUGAUCCUCUCUGCAUGAUUACGGAGUAUAUGGAAAAUGGUGACCUCAACCAGUUUCUAUCCCGUCAGGAGCCCCACAGCUCAUCGGAGACCUCCAUCCCUUCAGUCAGUUAUGCCGACCUGAAAUUCAUGGCCACACAGAUAGCUUCUGGCAUGAAGUAUCUCUCCUUUCUAAAUUUUGUCCACCGAGACUUGGCUACACGCAACUGCCUGGUGGGGAAAAAUUACACUAUCAAGAUAGCUGACUUCGGCAUGAGCCGGAACCUCUAUAGCGGAGACUACUACAGGAUCCAGGGCCGGGCAGUGCUCCCCAUUCGCUGGAUGUCGUGGGAGAGCAUCCUCUUGGGGAAAUUCACCACAGCAAGUGAUGUGUGGGCAUUCGGUGUGACCCUCUGGGAAACCUUCACCUUUUGCCAUGAACAGCCGUAUUCCCAGCUGUCAGAUGAACAAGUAAUUGAGAACACCGGAGAAUUCUUUAGGGAUCAGGGAAGACAGACAUACCUUCCUCAGCCGGCAUUUUGCCCCGAUCCCGUGUAUAAGCUAAUGCUCAGCUGCUGGAGACGAGACACCAAAGACCGUCCCUCCUUCCAGGAAAUCCAUUGCCUCCUCCAAGAAGCAACCACUUCGUAGUGAUGCCUUACCUUUGUAUCCCAAGUUCUCUGGACCAUCCCAUCCCACCUGCCCUCUAAAACCUACACUUAAAACUGACGCCUCUUCACCUGGAUUCACCAUUGCCUUCAGUUGCAGAGCUGGGACUUUAAUCAGCCCCCAAAGGAAAGGAGAGGAAGGAAAGAAGCUGGGAUCUGAGGAGGCCUGCCAUACAACCUCAUUAAGGUGCUGUGCUUUGGACUGGCAAAGAAUGAAACAAGUUAUUUAUCUUGU